AUGUCCUCUCCCAGCGAGGGGGACCCCUCCAACGAGAAUCUGUCGCCGGACGACUCCAUGACUUUUUCAGCUGUCGCGGGCCAGCAGGGAAACGAUAGCGACGUCUCCGAAGGCCUGAAUGCUACCAAUAGUCCUCCUGACCACCCAUCUCCCUCCGAUCCCGAAGCUUCAAACGACGAGGCUACGAACCAUGCAGACGCCGACCAUGCCGUGUCAGAAAGCGAAGAAUCCAGUGUAGCCGACGCGUCAGACGAUGGCGACUUCGAUAUGCAAGCUACCUCGCCAUCCCAGCAUGGCAAUGACGAGGAAGACGACAAUGAAGACGAGGACGACGUCACAGCUGGCCGAGCCAGUUCCUCAGAAUCAGCUCGAGCGGCUAAGCGAAAAGCUCCCGUGGAAGAUGAAUAUAUGAAGGCCAAUCCAGAGCUUUAUGGUCUUCGGAGAAGUACUCGACCACGAGAGCAACGUAAAAUAAUCGAAUCGGAAUCGGAAUCAGAUGUUGUCCCAGCCAAUCGUCGCCAGAAUAAACGCCGGCGCGUUGGAAGUUCCCACGCAUCCUCAAAAAGGGGAACGCCCGUAUUGCAACCUUCCACCAACGAUUCCGACUCAGAUUCUUCUACAUAUGGCGGAGCUCGCGCAAAGAGCCAGCAGAAAAAGGCCAGGCAACAGCGUGAGAUGCAGCCCGCCUUGGCCCUUGCCGAGAAGCGUUGGUCAAACCGCCGUGCAGCGCAGCAAGUGCAAGAAGGCGCAUACGAAGAGAGCGACGUCGACGAAGAUGAAGAUGCGGAACUUGCUGCGUCUUACUACGUCGAUGACUAUGUCGAUAACUCCCCCUACAUCGAAAAAGUUGUCAAGCAUAGAAUCCGAGAUGGGCUUGAGCUUUCCUACGAUUCCACCCGCAGCGACUUUGAGUACUUCAUCAAGUGGCAAGGAAAAUCUCACUUGCAUGAUACCUGGGAGCUGCUUGAUUCUCUACGCAGUGUCCGUGGCUUUCGCAAGGUUGAAAACUACUUUAGAAAGUUUAUCGACCAGGAGCUUGACAUUCGAUAUGGAGAUGAUAUCCCCCCGGAGACAAGAGAGCAGUUUUUCCUCGAUCGUGAUCGAGAUGAGGAGGCUCUUGAGGACUACACCAAGGUUGAACGUGUCGUCGCCGUCCGGGAUGGCGAUGAAGGUGAUGAGUACUACGUCAAGUGGAAAGGACUCACCUACGAAGAAUGCACCUGGGAGGCGGCAUCGGAUAUCAGCACUCUGUUUCAAGACAAAAUCGACCAGUACAUAGACCGAACUUCGAGAUCAUGGCUGUCCGACCGAAAGGAGACGAGCCUAGACACACGAUCCAAGAUGACCAAGCUGGAGAAGCAGCCUGACUUCAUUGUCGGCGGCGAGCUUCGAGAAUUUCAGUUGAAGGGACUCAACUUUCUGUGCCUCAACUGGACUCGCGGUAACAAUGUCAUCCUUGCUGACGAAAUGGGCCUGGGCAAGACGGUCCAGACAGUGUCGUUCCUCAGCUGGUUGCGUAAUGCCAGGCGGCAGGAAGGGCCUUCCCUUGUCGUCGCUCCGCUCAGCGUCAUCCCUGCUUGGUGCGACACAUUUAACAAUUGGUCACCAGACAUCAACUACGUGGUGUAUCUUGGGCCAGAGGAUGCUCGAAGCAUCAUCCGCGAUAACGAGCUAAUCAUCAAUGGCAAUCCCAAGAAGCCCAAAUUCAAUGUCUUGGUCACUUCUUACGAGUUCAUUUUGCAGGACUGGCAAUUCCUACAGUCUAUCAAGUGGCAGGUCUUGGCCGUCGAUGAGGCCCACCGCCUCAAGAAUGCCGAAUCCCAGCUCUACCAGCGCCUGGUGGGCUUUGGUAUCCCUUGCAAGAUUCUCAUCACCGGAACUCCUAUCCAGAAUAACCUGGCCGAGCUGUCUGCCCUUCUCGACUUUUUGAACCCCGGAAAAGUGACCAUUGACGAGGACCUGGACUCGCUCUCCGCUGCCGACGCCCAAGAGAAACUACAAGACCUUCACCGGUCCAUUGCUCCGUAUAUCCUAAGACGCACAAAGGAAACGGUCGAGUCCGACCUGCCACCCAAGACGGAAAAGAUUAUCCGGGUUGAGCUUUCGGACGUGCAGCUGGACUACUAUAAGAACAUUCUCACGAGAAAUUACGCUGCCCUGUGCGAUGCUACAAACGGAUACAAGAACUCUCUUCUCAACAUCAUGAUGGAGUUGAAGAAAGUCAGCAACCACCCUUACAUGUUUCCCGGAGCAGAGGAGAGGGUCUUGGCCGGCAGCGCACGUCGCGAGGAUCAAAUCAAGGGCUUGAUUGCAAGCAGUGGCAAGAUGAUGUUGAUCGACCAGCUGUUGUCCAAGCUGAAGAAGGACGGACACAGAGUUUUGAUCUUCAGCCAAAUGGUCAAGAUGCUGGAUAUUCUCGGUGAUUACCUCUCGCUCAGAGGCUACAAGUUCCAGCGACUUGAUGGCACCAUCGCAGCGGCCCCGCGACGCAUGGCCAUCAAUCAUUUCAACGCCGAGGACAGCGAUGAUUUUUGUUUCUUGCUUUCCACUCGUGCGGGUGGUCUCGGCAUCAACCUGAUGACCGCAGACACUGUCAUCAUCUUUGAUUCCGAUUGGAACCCCCAAGCAGAUUUGCAGGCCAUGGCUCGUGCUCACCGUAUCGGACAGAAGCGACCGGUCAACAUUUACCGACUUGUAUCGAAAGAAACGGUAGAGGAAGAAGUUUUGGAACGCGCACGUAACAAGCUCCUUCUGGAAUAUCUCACCAUUCAGGCUGGCGUCACUGAUGAUGGAAAAGCCAAGUUCAAAGAAGAGCUCAACAAGAAGGGCAUCAAGAUUGACGGCCCGUCCACUUCAGAGGACAUCCAGAUGGUCCUGAAAAUGCGAUCGUCCAAGAUGUUUGAGCAGAGCGGCAACCAACAGCGACUGGAACAGCUCGACAUUGAUUCUAUCCUGGAAAAUGCUGAAAUCACAAAGACCAAGGUUGACGACAAGAUCAACCUGAGCAGUGGCGGUAUUGACUGGGAUAAUUUUAUGCAAAUUACCGAUGUCAAAGUAGAUGAUAUCAACCUCGACUGGGACCAGAUUAUCCCAGCAGAAAAGCUCGCCGAGAUCAAGGCGGAAGAAGAGAAGAAGCAACAUGAGGAUUAUCUCGCAAAGGUUGCAGCUGAGAGUGCUCCGCGAAGAGCGGCUGUGAGGAGCCGCAACAAGGAUGUGGAGCGCGCAGACCGCUUAAAGAAGCGUCAGAGAGAGCAGCAGCAAGAAGAGGAAGAGCAGCGCGCCUAUCUGGCGGAUCCCAAACGCCCCCUGAACGAUAAGGAGCAGCGAAAUCUGAUCAAGGCCUACUUCCGAUUCGGUUCCAUGGAGGAUCGCAGCGCCGAUAUCAUCCUGGAGGCCAGGCUUGGAGAGAGAGACCCCGACUUUGUCAAAUCCGUCUUGGAUGACUUUAUCAAAGCUGCCCAGCAAGCCGUGGAUGACAACAGCGCCAAGCUUGCCGAGGAAGAAAAGAAGAUGGGCAAGACGUUGACAAAGAAGGACAAGAAGGCUGUGCUGAUCGAUUUCGGCGAGCUGAAAAAGGUCAAUGCUGAGACUGCCAUCGAACGGCCUAAGCAGCUGCAACUUCUUCGCCAGGUGAUUCGCGGCCAUUCCGAUUGGAAGAAUUUCCGGGUGCCCGACGCCACCAAGGCGGCCAACUAUAGCUGCCCCUGGGGAGCGAAAGAGGAUGCCAUGCUCCUUGUCGGCAUUGACAAGCACGGGUUUGGCGCGUGGGCUCAGAUACGCGACGAUCCGGACUUGGAGAUGCAAGAGAAGCUCUUCCUGGAAGAGCAUCGGGUGGGUAAAAAGGAGGAGAGGUCCAAGGGCAACGACAAGCUCAAAGCCCCUGGCGCUGUUCAUCUCGUACGCAGGUCAGAGUACCUCCUUUCCGUGCUGCAAUCAAAGCACUCCAACGAUCGGUCAGUUCAAAAGGCGGUGGAGAACCAUCAUCGCAACAACAAGAAGCUCCACGCGGUCAAUGGCACUCGCGGUAGUAGCUCGACGACGGCUUCAACGGGUCUCAAAAGGCAACGAGAGCGAGAGAGGGACCACGGAUCAGGCGAACAGCGAUCCCGUGCCGGAGAGGAGGGUGCACCGGCUAGACCCGAUUUCAAGCGCAAGCAUCCCUCUCACGACGAUGCCCGCAGCCCCAAACAUCGGCGCUCUGAUGACCCGCGUCGGUCUAGCAAGGCUGGUGAUGAAUAUCGCGACGGCCGCAUAGAGAAACGACGGCAUCGCGAAGAUGACGAUCGCCGCCAUGACAGAUACCGCCGUGAGGAGUAUCGCCGCGACGAUUAUCGCCGUGAUGACCGUCGAGACGACCGCCGAGAUGAUUACCGCAGGGAUGAUCGUCGAGACGACCGUCGUGACCGGGACCGGGACCGAGAACGAGAUAGAGAUCGAGAUCGAGACCGUGAUCGUGAUCGCGAUCAUCACCGUGACCGGGAUCGUGACCAUAACCGUGAUCGAGACCGAGACCAUCACCGAGAUCACCGGGAUCACCGAGACCGUGAUCAUGCAACCCGACAUCUGGAUGAACGCAGAGUCAAGGCACUCCGACGGUUAGAUGAGCUACGGCGCAUUGGCGAUGACAAAGACCAAAGGGCCAAGGACAACGAUGCCAUGAUUUGGUUCCUCUUGAAGCCGGUGAGAGAUAAUUUUGAGAAAAUUCUCUCAACCACCAAAGACAGCGUCAAGUCUAGUAAGGAGCGCGCAGCCAUCUUUGGAGCCGAGCUGGUGGCCAUUGGGUCGUUUCUCGACGAGAAGCUGCCAGCAACGAUAGCAGACGACGGUCUCAAGAACAACUUUUGGGAAUUUCUGGCGGCUCUCUGGCCCGUCGACGACACCAGCAAGAGCGUUACGGGUGACCGACUGAGCUCAAUGUAUCGUACACUCCACGCUCGCAACAAGACGAAAAGUUCUGAGCCUAGCGCUGCAAAGCUCAACGGCACACACGCUGUUCGGUGA